UCAAUCUAAGUAAUCAUUAUUCGUCAAACUGUCAUACUUGCUUCACCUUCUCUGAAUCAAUUCCAAGUAGAUAGCAAGGUCAAACCCUCAGAAGCCACAGCAUGCAAGACCCUGCCGAACCCAAACCUCGGAUUGCCUCGAAGUGUCCAAUCAGCCAAUGUCAGAUAAUGCUGACGGAAACUGCUCUCCUGGAUCAUCUUCUCUCCGAACACAAAGGCCUCGACCUGAAAUCCGUAGAAGCCGGUGAGAAAGCGUUUCUCUCCUUCCGGGAGUCCAUCUUUCCGUACGGCCAGCCCGUAUGCAUGGGAGUCCUACUUUACGGUGGAAAGGGUACACGAGCGCGUCCCGCCCAAACGGGACUUGUCCAUCGCAAUUCUAUUCUGUCCACCAGCUAUGCGGCGUACGAGAAACACCUACCGGUGCUGGUCAUGGGUUGCAAGACCCAUUUGACGGACAUGUUGGCGGACGACGAGAUUCCGUCGGAGAUCUACAACGACAUUUGCCAGCGAAGGGAUGCGGCCCAGGAUGGAUCCGACCAGGAGAAGGAUAUAUUCGUGCUGUGGUUGAUUGGUCCGAGUACGACCCGGCCGGUUCAUGGGGAAGUGACCUUGAGUGAUGUGGAUCGGAUCAUUGUGCGGGGCUGUCGGAUGCAGAUGCGUGACUUUAAGGAUUUUCUGCAGCCUAAGAGCUUCUUGUGCGAAGGAGUAGAUUAUCUGAUGGUGAACCGUGGUGGAAUGAGUUUGAUGACGAGAAACGGGGAUGAGGCUGUGGAGAUGGAAGUUUGCAUCGAUGAGGGAAAAACUGAAAUUUAGAUUGUUUGGUGAGUUGUUAUUACAGGAAUUUCAAAUAUAGGCAAAUUUAUAA